CGAGCGGCGGCCACACACCCAGGCAGCCCGGGGCGGAGGGAAGGGAUCGCUGCUCCCCCGCUGGCUGCGCGGGGGGGGGGGGGGGGGAGCAGCCUGCUCGGGGAGCAGCGGGAGCGGAGCCCCCCGGGGCCGGAGCUGCACCUUCCACCUCCACCUGGAAUGCAGGGUGAAGAGACAAUCAGUUCUUCUGGGAGCCCUGUAACAGCAGUUUCCUUACCACUGCAAUCACAGUCCAGGUGUGCAGCCUUCUCACAGCCAAUCAGUGAAGGCGAAAUCUUCAAAUUACCAGGCAGGCUCAGAAUCCAGCCCUCACUGUGGAGCAAGGACGAUGUGAUUCACUGGCUAAGAUGGGCCGAGAAAGAAUAUUCACUCCGGCAAACGGAUGAAAGCAAGUUUGAACUGAACGGAAAAGCCCUUUGCAUUCUCACCAAAGAGGAUUUCAGAUACAGGGCUCCUAGUUCAGGUGAUGUUUUGUACGAAUUACUCCAGUACAUUAAGACCCAGAGAAGAGCCCUGGUGUGCAGCCCUUUAUUUAAUUCACCCUUUAGGGAGGCAACACAGAUGCAGAUCCAGAGCCAUCCGGAAGGUGUGAACUGUAAGUUAGAAGUUUCCCCAGCUGUGAUCCCUUCAUUGUCCAUGAGCUGCUCAAGCCAUGUAGGCCAGCCUAAGUCUCCUAACAAAGCUUCCUGUAGAGCAGAACCACUUAACCUCUCUCAUCAUAGCCCAGAAGUCAGCUACAGGGCAGAGAUCAUCUGUUCUUUUCCCAAUACAUCGCCAGCCCCAGUCGAUGGAAAAAUUGCAGACUGCAGGUUACUCUGGGAUUAUGUCUAUCAGCUCCUCUCUGACAGCCGGUACGAGCCAUACAUCAAAUGGGAAGAUAAAGAAGCCAAGAUUUUCCGGGUUGUUGAUCCUAAUGGUCUUGCCAGGCUCUGGGGAAAUCAUAAGAACCGGGUGAACAUGACUUAUGAGAAGAUGUCGAGAGCUUUAAGACAUUACUACAAACUCAACAUUAUCAAAAAGGAACCAGGACAGAAGCUGUUAUUUAGGUUUCUGAAGAGUCACGGAGAGAUACUACAUGACAAAUCAAACAAACUAGAGCAGCUGGAGCGUGAGGAGCAGGAAGGACUGGAUUUUAAGGAGGACACGCUGGAGGUCUCACCCUAGGAAGUCUGCAGCAUGGGUCUAAUGUGGGACCGUGCUGUGCUAUAGACAAGCUUUGAUGCCACUGAUGAAAUCAGGAUGCCUUGUGCCCUGACACAAGAGGCCAACUUUUUCCUGACUGGGCUGCAAGUUAAGGGCUUCAAUACAUACUCUAGUCAAAGACUAUGCCAUCCAGGGACCAUUAGCAGCAAGGGUCAUGCACAGAAAUGGUUCUCCAGGCUUGUGUAACUGGAGAUCAAUCUGUGGGCUGGCCUUUGGCUUGGUUGUUCUCUUCAUAGGUGCUCUGUUUUAUUUUUAAAUGAUCAAAUUUGGUACAUUAUGGACAAUGCUCUCUUUGAGUUUCAAAAUGGCUUGGUUUCUUGAGGGCCCUCAAAUCAGCAGGACCUCCCUAUUCAGCAAAGCACUAUAAGCAAACGCUUGAGUGCUUUCAUUAAUAGGGAUGAUCUUAAGUGCUUGCCUGAAUCAGGGUCUUUGUCCCUGAUGCAGCAACAGACUGGCAUGCAUGUGGAACUUUAAGCAUGCAAUAGUCCCAUUGACUUCACUAGAGCUUCUCACAUGCUUAAAGUUGGACGGGCGUAUCUUGCCGAAUCAGGGCUCAAGUGAAGGUGUGUGUAGACUGAAGGGGAUCGUUAAGAUGCACAUUUAAUUAAUUUCACUCUAUUAAUACUACAUUAUUAGCAGGCAAUGAAACAAUGUGACAAUACAGGAAUGAACAAUAGAAACACUUGAGAAUUACAGAUCAGCUAGCUGUUUCACUGACAUAAGUGAGAAGAAUCAGGCUUGAUAACUGCAGGAGGAUUCAGAGCCACAUGCUGCAAAAGCUGAGGGGGCAUUUGGAACUGGGGUUUUGAUCUGGCACAUUAGAGAAGUGGGCCAGCCAUAAAUUUCAGAUUUGGACCAGAACUUCCCAAAUGUUGGGGGACUGGAAUCUGAGUUUUUGAUUUGUUGUUUCUCUUAAACUAAUGGACCAGAUCCUCAACGGCUGUAAAAUUAAUUGCCAUAAGUCCAGUGGUGUGAUGCUGAUUUAUGCUACCUGAGCAUUUGGCCCAAAGUGUUUGUACACAUUCUGGCAGCAAGAGAGAUGUUCUCAUGUCAUCAAGUAUCAGAGGGGUAGCAGUGUUAGUCUGGAUCGGUAAAAGCAGCAAAGAAUCCUGUGGCACCUUAUAGACUAACAGACGUAUUGGAGCAUAAGCUUUCGUGGCUGAAUACCCACUUCUUCAGAUGCAUGCAUUCUUCAGAAGCAUGUUCUCAUGUUAGACGUCCAUGCAAUUAACUCAAACAUUACCCUGCAGUAUUUGUGACUGAGACACUGCAACUCUGCAUUAAGAUCCUGGAAGUGAAACUGACUAAUCUGAUCCCAGUGUCCAAGAUGAGUCAUAUGCAGAACCUAAACAAACAGCAAAAGCCAAUUUAGGUUUUACAAGUUCAUUCAUUUUUAAUAAUCUCAGGUAUUAGUAACAGGUGUGUGUGGUUUUUAAGAGGACUUAAUCUGACAAUAGUCAUUUAUAUUUUUAGAUUUCUUCUUAUUUAGGGAAUAAACACCAAUGAUUGUC